UACAAAUUCUGUAAUGCAGUGCUCCCUACAAUUGUAAUCACUCUAAUUGGCUUUUUGUAUUUGUGCGUCACAGAAGCGCGCCAAGGUGGGAAGACAUUAACCCCCCCAGCCAGGAUACACGUGAGUUUAGGGCAGAACACUGUACACAUGCACUCAAGCCAAGCACCCUUAGGCAGCAUUGGGAGACAAGGCAUUGAACGGACCGAGAAUGAAUAAAUGCACAAGCCAGAACACGCACACGCACGCAGGCACUGAUUCUCGGUGAAUGGCUGUGUUGGAAUAUCCAUCCAAACUACUCUGUGGAGCAAGAACGAUUGUCAUUACUACUACCAUAUCUUAUCGGCUUAACUUUUACUGUACUCAUUACAGCCAAGAUGGAGGCUAUCAAGUUACAGCGAAAAUACCCUCAAUUCUCCCAAGAGGAGAUGAUGGGUUUAAUCUCACGUUUUAGAACGAUUGAUAUUGAUGAAAAGGGAAGCAUUGAUAAGCAAAACGUGAUGAAAGCUAUUCAAGAAUCAGGAGAGGCAACUUAUGAUCAAGUAAGAGAAACAUUGAAAGAAGUAAGCCUUGACUCUUCUGGUCGUGUGGAAUUGGACGAUUAUGUGGAUCUAUUGGCCAAAUUGAGAGCAGGAAAUAAUGCAACAGCCGGAACAGCAACAAAAGGAAAAAUGACAGUCAAGGGUAGCAAUGCUAGUGUGCAACAUACUAUCAACGAAGAUGAAAGGACAGAAUUCACUCGUCACAUCAAUCAAAGCUUAGCAGGAGAUGCUCACAUCGGAGCAAGACUACCCAUUCCAACAGACACUUUCCAACUCUUUGAUGACUGCAAGGAUGGUCUUAUCUUGUGUAAAUUGAUCAACGACGCCGUUCCCGAUACAAUUGAUGAACGUGUACUCAAUGUUGGCAAAGGUGGAAAAGGACCGAAUGCGUUCCAAAUGACAGAGAACAACAAUAUCGUCAUUACAUCAGCAAAGGCAAUAGGGUGCAGCGUCGUGAAUGUCGGUGCACAAGAUUUGAUCGAUGGUCGUGAACAUUUGAUUCUUGGUCUCAUUUGGCAAAUCAUUCGACGUGGAUUGCUCAGUAAGAUCGAUUUGAAACAUCAUCCUGAAUUGUACCGACUUUUGGACGAAGAUGAAACAUUGGAAGAAUUCUUGCGCUUACCACCAGACCAGAUCCUUCUAAGAUGGUUCAAUUACCACCUCAAGGCAGCCAACUGGCCCAAGAGAGUCAACAAUUUCAGCAAAGACGUCAGCGAUGGUGAAAACUACACAGUCUUGUUAUCCCAAUUAAAACCAGACCAAUGCGAUCGUGCUCCUCUACAGCAACGUGAUCUGUUGCAAAGAGCAGAGAUGGUUUUGCAACGUGCUGAUGCGAUCGGAUGUCGUAAAUAUUUGACACCUGGUGCAAUGGUGGCUGGAAAUCCAAAGUUGAAUUUGGCCUUUGUUGCUCAUUUGUUCAACACAUGGCCUUGUUUGGAAGCACUUGAGACACCACCACCUGUUGAGAUUGAGGACUUUGACGCAGAAGGAGAACGUGAAGCUCGUGUAUUCACUCUAUGGCUCAACAGUUUGGACGUCGAUCCUGGUGUGUACAACUUGUUCGAAGAUUUGAAAGAUGGUACAGUAAUCUUGCAGGCAUUCGAUAAGGUCGUGCCAGGUAGUGUUGCAUGGCGCAGAGUAAGCAAGCCAAAAGAGGGACAAGAGCUGUCAAGAUUCAAGAUGGUGGAAAACACCAAUUAUGCCGUUGAUUUGGCAAAGAUGAAUGAUAUGCGCAUUGUGGGCAUUCAAGGUGCAGACAUCGUUGAUGGAACCCGCACUCUCACUCUCGGUCUCGUUUGGCAAUUAAUGCGACUGAAUAUUACCACUACUUUACGCUCGUUAGGAAAAGGCGGUAAAGGUGUGACCGAUCAAGAUAUGAUCAGAUGGGCUAAUGAUGUGGUCAAAGCACAUGGCAAGACUUCCUCUAUGCGCAGCUUCAAGGAUCCAAACAUCAAGAACGGUAUCUUCUUCCUCGAUUUGCUAGAUGGUCUACGACCCGGAAUCGUUGAUCAAUCUUUGGUCAAUGCAGGACGAACAGAAGAUGAAUGCAGAUUGAAUGCCAAAUUGGCCAUCUCUAUCGCACGUAAAUUGGGUGCUCUAAUCUUCCUCGUUCCUGAAGAUAUUGUCGAAUUACGUCAAAGAUUGAUUUUGACGUUCGUCGGAAGUAUUAUGUCUUUGAAAGCAUGAUAUGGGAAUCGAGCUCUUAGUAUCUCAAUAAAAUUUGUAUCACAAUCUAUAUGGAGCUUUGAAA